AUGUCCAAAAAUAAGUUAAAUCUUACUUUACCUCCGGGAUCAAUUGAAGCUUCAGUACCAUUGUCUCCUUCUGUCCCUGUUUUAACUCCAAAAUCAGAGGCUUCUGAAAGCACAUUAGUUGGAAAAACAAGCAUUGAAGUUCUUCAAGAAAGAUUAGAGGAAUUAGAUAUGGAUGAUACACAGCGGAAAAGAAUGGAAUUUUUCUUAUGCCAAAAAGAAAAAAUUGGUGAGCUAAGUGAUGAUGAUUUCGAGAAAUUAGGUGAACUGGGUGCUGGCAAUGGUGGUGUGGUAAUGAAAGUGAAACACAAGUCAAGUGGUCUUAUAAUGGCCAGAAAGUUAAUUCAUUUGGAAGUCAAACCAGCAAUCAAGAAACAGAUCAUAAGGGAGCUAAAAGUACUUCAUGAAUGCAACUUUGCUCAUAUAGUUGGUUUUUAUGGAGCAUUUUACAGUGAUGGAGAAAUAAGUAUUUGCAUGGAGUACAUGGAUGGAGGUUCACUAGACCUGAUAUUGAAAAAAGCUGGCCGCAUUCCUGAACCUAUUUUAGGAACAAUUACUGCAGCUGUGCUAAAAGGACUUAGUUAUUUGAGGGAUAAACAUGCAAUAAUGCAUCGUGAUGUCAAGCCAAGCAACAUUCUGGUUAACAGUGGUGGUGAGAUUAAAAUAUGCGAUUUUGGAGUUUCUGGCCAAUUAAUUGAUUCUAUGGCAAACUCGUUUGUUGGUACUAGAUCCUAUAUGUCUCCAGAAAGACUUCAAGGAACUCAUUACUCAGUUCAAAGUGAUAUAUGGUCUCUAGGUUUAUCUCUUGUAGAAAUGGCUAUCGGAAUGUAUCCUAUUCCACCUCCAGAUGCCAAAACACUUGCAGCAAUAUUUGGUCCAUCAAAAGAAGAUGACGAAUCUCUAACACAAGUUUCUCCAGUUCAUGGUAAUGGUAGUGGACCGAGGCCUAUGGCAAUAUUUGAACUUCUUGAUUAUAUUGUCAACGAGCCUCCACCUAAAUUGCCUUCUGGUAUAUUCUCUAAUGAAUUUAAAGAUUUUGUUGAUCGUUGCUUGAAGAAAAAUCCAGCCGAGAGAGCUGAUUUGAAAACGCUUAUGAACCAUGAAUGGAUUAGAAAAUCUGAAAAUGAAAACGUUGAUAUUGCUGGCUGGGUUUGCAAGACGAUGGGCCUUACUCCAACAACACCAACACGGAUAUUGAAGGUGUUGACCAUGGACGUAAAAUUUAUGUUUUAUUUAAUACAAUACUAA